AUGUCUCAAGAUCUGCCAGCUCAGUUCAUCACAUCACCCUAUGCAGACACCUUUGUCAAGGUCCUGUUAAAGGGAAAUUCGAUCACGUGGAUACACAGAGGAGUCAUCCCAGUCCAUGUUCUGUACAUGAACAAUAGGGCGGAAGUAGUUGGAUCCAAGUCCGCUUCGCCGAUCGUGGACAUGCAGAACAUUGGAAAUGACACAGCCCACGUAAUUAUCCAUUUCUUUUACACAAAGAAGUAUAACUGCGUCAAACCCUCGGGCUUAUCUGGCGAUACAGCGAAGGCCUAUGAGCUCAGACUGUCGCUCCAAGUCAUCGAAGCCGCUAGAAAGAUGAAACUGCCUGCGUUGGUAGACCUGGCAAAGAAAGAUUGUGCGCGUUUCUACCAUGAGAUGGAUUUCUUGAAUCUCGUCGCCAUCUUGGGAAAGAUGAAUGUUGACACCAAACACUUCCCCGAACUUGCGCAGUAUAUCUCACUUCACAUUGAAAAGGUGCUUUCGGACCCUCAUGGCCAAGUUGCAUCUAACCUCCUAAGCCGGACUACUUCAAACAGUAUCACGGAAAUAUUUGUUCGAAAGUUGGUCUUGAAGGCCCGGGGUAAGCCAACAGGUGAACCCAAAGCGAGGCCCGAGCCUGGAAAUGAAACACGAGACAUUGCUAUGGGAACACAACUUCCUUCGCAUGAUUCUAUGACAGAAAUGCCUGAACCGUCGCAAUUUACACAGCAGCGUAAGAGUCAGAUAUAUCAGGAAGUCCUGAAGACUCCACAACCAGAUGACAAAGGGAAGGGACGAGCUGUUUCUAACCCGACAACAUAUGUUGGGAAGCUCCACGAAAAGACAGUUCCUCACCAUGAGUCUCGUGCUGCAAACAGGCAAGAGGAAGCUCAAUCUGGGCCUUCAAGGGUGAGAGACUGGCCUUGUCCAUUUUCACCUCCCUGCGGCCCUACCCCUGGCCUUGCGGGUUGCAUCGCAAGCAUGAAGGACUUUGUUGCGGUUGAGAAAUCGUCGGCUGUUGACUGGGAGGUACCCAAGUCCGAGACCGAGAAGUCCGAAAAGUCAGAGAGUGAACGGACAGAGUCUACCGUCGUUGAUUCUGACGAUGAGGGAGUACUUGUCGAGUCGGAGACUCAAGCUACUACGACACCAAGCACGGAGGAUUCGCGUAACGCAGACAGGAUGAAUCUCUUCUAUGCCUACGGCCGUUGGUAA